GUAGAACAGUGCAAAUAGACUUUCAUAAUGAUAGAUGGUCAGUAAUGUCAUCAAUAAAGCACUAAUACCAAGGUCGGUCAUCGCUGUGGCAACCUAUCGCGUACACAGAGGCACGUGUGUCCCUAUCAUUACAGAUACAGUUCAGUGGGCCAAUACCAGACUCGGUCGAUGGACGUAGCAUGAAUGUUCGAAAGAAAGUGAAAAUGAAGAAGUAAAAAGUCACGCAAAAACAUGACGGCGUCGCUUCUGGUGAUUUUGGUGGUGGGUGGCUCUCUGAGGCUCUGCACUUCGCAGACGACGCAAAAUAUCAAUGUUUUGCUAGUAAAUGAAGAGAGCAAUGCGUUGGCUGAGAAGGCGUUUGAGGUGGCCAAGGAGUAUGUGCGGAGGAACCCGAGCCUCGGCCUGGCAGUCGACCCAGUCAUCGUAGUCGGAAACCGAACCGACGCCAAGGCUUUCCUGGAGAAUGUUUGCAGAAAAUACAACGACAUGAUAUUAGCCAAGAAGUCUCCCCACGUGGUGUUAGACUUCACGAUGACCGGUAUCGGCUCGGAGACCGUCAAGUCUUUCACCGCCGCGCUAUCUUUACCCACGAUAUCUGGAUCAUUCGGCCAAAUCGGCGACCUGCGACAGUGGCGCACCCUCACGGCGAAUCAGACCAAGUUUAUGCUCCAGGUCAUGCCACCAGCAGACAUCCUACCGGAGUCCAUUAGGGCUAUUGUCACUAAACAGGACAUAACUAAUGCUGCUAUAAUUUUCGACGAAUAUUUCGUAAUGGACCAUAAAUAUAAGUCGCUGCUGCAGAACAUUCCCACUAGGCAUGUCAUAACACCCGUCAAGAGUUUCAAUAGAGACGAGAUCAAGAAUCAGUUGAAGAGUCUUCGCCAGUUGGACAUCGUCAACUUCUUCGUGAUUGGGAGUUUGAGGACCAUAAAGAACGUUCUAGACGCGGCAGACGAAAACCAGUACUUUGGUCGAAAGACGGCGUGGUUCGCGCUUUCAUUGGACAAGGGAGAUAUAAGCUGUGGGUGUAAAGAUGCCACGAUAGUUUACUUGCGACCGACGCCAGAUGCUAAAAGCAGGGACCGGCUGGGGAAGAUCAAAACCACGUAUAGCAUGAAUGGGGAACCGGAAGUCACCUCCGCGUUUUACUUCGAUCUUUCACUCCGGACGUUCUUAGCUAUCAAAUCAUUACUGGAUUCUGGCAAGUGGCCAAAUGACAUGAAAUACAUAACUUGCGAUGAUUAUGACGGUAAGAAUACCCCAAACCGCUCCUUGGAUCUGAAAGCUGCUUUUCAGGAGGUGAAAGAAUCUCCUACCUACGCACCAUUCUUCAUACCAGAGGACGAACCCAUGAACGGGCGAAGUUACAUGGAGUUCAACACGGAAAUUUCAGCAGUGACGGUUAAAGAUGGCGCCUCGAUUGGCAGCAGAUCUCUGGGCUCGUGGAAGGCAGGGCUGGCCAACCCGCUCUCUCUGUCGGACCCGGAGAAUAUGAGCGACUACUCCGCACAAUUAGUCUACAGAAUCGUGACGGUCGAGCAACAGCCGUUUAUUAUACGAGACGAUGACGCACCGAAAGGCUUCAAAGGCUAUUGUAUCGACCUCAUAGAAGAAAUCCGGCAAAUUGUGAAGUUCGACUAUGAAAUCACUUUGGCGCCCGACAACAAUUUCGGCACGAUGGAUGAGAAUGGAAAUUGGAACGGGAUAAUAAAGGAGUUGAUUGAGAAGAGGGCUGAUAUUGGCUUGACGUCCUUAUCCGUCAUGGCAGAACGGGAGAAUGUGGUAGAUUUCACGGUUCCGUACUACGACCUGGUUGGAAUCACCAUUCUGAUGAAGCUACCACGGACCCCUACUUCGCUAUUCAAGUUUCUGACCGUGCUAGAGAACGAUGUGUGGUUGUCCAUUCUGGCCGCAUAUUUCUUCACUAGCUUCCUCAUGUGGGUAUUCGACAAGUGGAGCCCCUACAGCUUCCAGAACAAUCGCGAGAAGUACAAAGACGACGAAGAGAAGCGAGAGUUCACCCUCAAGGAGUGUCUCUGGUUCUGUAUGACGUCACUGACACCGCAAGGAGGCGGGGAGGCGCCCAAGAACCUCAGCGGAAGACUGCUGGCUGCCACCUGGUGGCUGUUUGGAUUCAUCAUAAUAGCAUCAUACACUGCAAACCUGGCAGCUUUCCUCACAGUAUCUCGACUGGACACACCGAUAGAAUCCCUGGAUGACCUCUCCAAACAGUACAAGAUACAGUAUGCUCCGCUGAAUGGGUCAGCCGCUAUGACAUAUUUCGAACGCAUGGCGCAUAUUGAAGUCAGAUUUUAUGAAAUUUGGAAAGAGAUGAGUCUAAACGACAGUCUAAGCGACGUGGAGCGGGCCAAACUAGCCGUGUGGGACUAUCCAGUGAGCGACAAAUAUAGCAAGAUGUGGCAAGCGAUGAAAGAGGCCGGCUUGCCCAACUCCAUAGAGGAAGCGGUGCAAAGAGUUCGUGAUUCAAAGAGUUCCAGCGAAGGGUUCGCGUGGCUGGGCGACGCGACGGACGUGCGCUACCACGUGCUCACCUCGUGCGAGCUGCAGAUGGUGGGCGACGAGUUCUCGCGCAAGCCCUACGCCAUCGCCGUUCAGCAGGGAUCGCCGUUGAGAGACCAGUUUAAUAAUGCAAUCCUUCAACUGCUAAACAAACGCAAGCUCGAGAAGCUCAAGGAAAACUGGUGGAACAACAACCCAGCGGCGAUGAAGUGCGACAAACAAGACGACCAGUCUGACGGGAUCUCCAUACAGAACAUUGGCGGGGUCUUCAUAGUCAUAUUCAUGGGUAUAGGACUGGCUUGUAUCACGUUGGGGGUCGAGUACUGGUGGUACAAGUGGAGGAAACGACCCACCAUUGGGGAUGUCACUCAGGUUACUCAGGUUGAACCAGCAAAAGUGACGAGAAACAAUGUGGGACCGGCCGAUCACCACAACACCAGUAAAGUGGGGGAAGGAUUUUCAUUCAGAUCUAGGAACCUAGGUCUUGCUAACUUAAGGUCUAAGUUCUAACUUGACAAUGAGAAUGUGACGAAACUUUGAAAUAUUGAUCUCAUUAGCUUUAUACUCGUAGCUUUUACUUAGGUUUAAGAGGUAUUUUCCAUGUGUUCAUAUAAUUAAAUAAAUUAUUGGUUUGAAUUAGAUAAUAGCAAACUUAGAUAUAGGUCUACUCCAGUAUUCUAAUGUAAGCUGCAAGUGUGUCCACAAAUAAACACUUUGCACCCAAA